AUGCCUUCCGAUUCACUCGUCCAUGCCUCUAGUGGUGCCUUAGGCGGGAUAUGUGCCAUUGAACCAUUUGAUUCGCUCGUGCCCCCAUUUUCCUCAAACAAUAAUUCUUCUGUCGGCAACCCAGAUCCCCUUAUCAGUAUCUCAACUCGAGCUCAAGUCGAAGCUCGAAGACAUCCAGGGGAGAGCUCUUUGGAGGCGGCGCUACAUCUCAUCAAAAGGGAAGGGUUUCGGUCUCUCUAUGACGGUCUAGGUUCUUCCUUAAUUGGUAUUGCUGUCACGAAUGGAAUUUACUAUCUGUUCUUCGAAGAAUCCCGAGCAGUGUUGCUGUUGCGAUCUUCUAACCAAACAAAGCGAUCCUUAUCGACAAUCGAAUCCAUGCUGGCUGGUGCCAUAGCAGGCACCAUGACUGCAGUCCUAACAAAUCCGAUUUGGGUCGUCAACACUCGGCAAACAGUCAGAGUCGUUCGCUCAAACCCAGGCUUACCUUCAACCGCUCGCUCCAAACGCAUGGGAUUCUUACAAACUGUACUGCACAUUCUCAGGACUGACGGGGCUAUGGCUUUAUUUAGAGGACUCGGACCAGCUUUGAUUCUAGUCAUCAAUCCAAUCCUGCAAUAUACUCUAUUUGAACAAAUGAAAAAUAUCCUCAUCGCUCGACGCAAACGAUUUAGUCCAAGCGGUGCAAGUAAUGCAACGGCCCACGUCCUUAAAGACGCCGACUACUUCAUUCUAGGAGCCAUUUCAAAAUUGUUUGCCACUGGCUCAACCUAUCCCUACCUAACAGUCAAGUCGAGAAUGCAAAGUGGCCAAGCAGAAGGAAAAGAAUACCGCGAUACAUUUGACGGGCUACGUAAGAUUGUGGCUAAAGACGGCAUUAAAGGUCUCUAUAGAGGAAUAGCACCCAAACUGACACAGUCCGUGUUGACUGCGGCAUUCUUAUUUCUGGCGAAAGAAAGAAUAUAUGUCGCAACCAAGAAAGCAUUAAAAACGGCAUCCCAAAUCACACCGGCCUAG